CCCGAUCAGAAGCAGUUAAGCAAAUUGCAGCCCUCUGGGAUCUCCAAGUCCGCCUCUAGCUCUUCGACCUCAUCGGCAAACGGCUCGACCUCUUCCUCAUCAUCUGCCUCGAGCACAGCGAACGGCGUGGCAGGGUCCUCUAGAGGUCAGAUCCAUGUCAAGCUUAUCCAGGCUCGAGGCCUCAAUGUCCGCUCAUCUCGAGCAAAGCCGUACGUCGUCGUGCAGUUCGAGCAGAACGAAUUCGUCUCGCGGGAUCCUAUAGAGGAGACAGAGAAAGAGGUCAAAGGCGUGGCCACAACUCUGUCAAGGAACUCGUCGUCAAAUGCUCUCUCAGCCCUUGGCGCUAUCAACGACAAGAUGAAUGCUCGGACGAACGGUCGAGGUAGCAUCAGCACUAGCGGCAGUGCGAAGGGCAGCAGGGAUCACACCCCCAGCUCAUCUGUCAGCUCGAGCAAGAGUGGGAUUGGUCCGCUGGCAGCGGGUAUGUUUGGCGCAAAGAUCCAGGCCCAUAACCCGGCGUGGAAACACGAGGUUUCUUUCGAUGUCACAUCUGAGACCUCUGCCAUUACAUUCAACAUUUACGACCGCUCCGUCAACGACCUUGGUUUCUUAGGCACCAUGCAGAUUAAGCCCGUGCUAAUACAUGAGCAUACGGUCGACCAGUGGUACAAGCUUCGACCUUACGAGAAUGAGCCCGUCAGUGGAGAGAUGAGGGUACAGGUGACGUUCGAGGCCUAUAAGACGAAACGCGCGCUGAUUCCGCGCGACUUUGAGUUUCUCAAGCUCAUCGGCCGGGGAACCUUUGGGCGCGUCUUCCAAGUCCGCAAGAGGGAUACGAAGCGUAUAUACGCAAUGAAGGUUCUGUCGAAGCGCGAGAUCAUAGCCAAGCAGGAGGUUGCGCAUACGAUUGGAGAGCGCAAGAUCCUUCAACGCUCGCUUGAGUCACCGUUCUUGGUCGGCCUCAAGUUCUCCUUCCAGACUGAAACGGAUUUGUACCUCGUGACGGACUUCAAGAGCGGAGGCGAGCUCUUCUGGCACUUGCAGCGGGAAACAAAGUUCAGCGAAGAACGGGCCCGAUUUUACGUUGCCGAGCUGGUGCUUGCGCUUGAGCACUUGCACAAAUACGACAUUGUCUAUCGUGAUCUAAAGCCGGAAAACAUCCUCCUAGAUGCCACAGGACAUGUGGCGUUAUGCGACUUUGGCCUCUCGAAACCGGAUCUACGAUCAGACGAACUCACGAACACCUUCUGUGGUACGACAGAAUAUCUGGCACCGGAAGUGCUCCUUGAUGAGCACGGAUACUCUAAACUUGUGGACUUCUGGAGCUUAGGCGUGUUACUUUUCGAGAUGUGUUGCGGAUGGAGCCCAUUCUACGCGGAAGAUACCAACCAAAUGUACAAGAACAUUUGCUUUGGCAAGAUCAGAUUCCCUAAAGGCGUCAUUGGCGAGGAGGGCAAGCAAUUUGUUAAGGGUCUGCUCAACCGGAACCCGAAACAUCGACUAGGCGCACAACGCGACGCAGCCGAGUUGAAAGAACACUCGUUCUUCAAAGACAUCGACUGGCAUGCCCUUGCGCUCAAGCAGGUUACUCCGCCCUUCAAGCCUGUAGUCGAGUCUGAUGAGUCUGUCGCGAAUUUUGACCCCGAGUUCACGACUGCGGAUGUGCGGGACGCGGGGCCAGCAGGUGUUCUGGACCUCGACGAGGAGGACCCGUCCGAGGACUGGGUGUCGCUCUCGCAGAGCAUGGGUGCAGUCGCACACACGCCAAAUGGGCCGCUAGGCUCGGACCGCCCCGCGGCGGCCCCACGGCCAAUCGCGAGCAGCGUACUAGGCAUCAACAUUGGUGCGCGCAAGAAGCAGCAGGAGAGUCUGCUGACGAGCAGCGUGCAGGAGAACUUCCGCGGGUUCACGUAUCAUGGCGGCGAGUCGCUCGUGCCCGUGAGCGUGGCGGGCAUCCUCAAGGACCAGGUGGACGAGCAGGCCGUGCAGGACGAGGAGGCCGAGCAGCACGAGGAAGACGAAGACGAGGGUCUUGUGGGGCGGUAUCGCAGGCGGGGCGAGGGCAUGAUUGACGGCUUCGAUGAGGACAUGCACGCAUAGCGCUUGGUCUUCGUCACGUCCAUGCGUCUAUCUGCUGUGGUUCGCUGUCUUCAUCCAAGGCGGACAUGAACACCACUCAUCUUCGACAUCGCUCUCAUAUUAUUGCCCGUCCUUGCCGCCCACCAUAUGCAUACUAUGCCAUGCCCUCUAAUCCUCCAAUGGUCCUGUCGAAGUUCACACACCCCGGUGUAACCCACGGAUACGAAACGCGUCACCUGUAGCAAUCUACCAACAGACUAUCACUCUCAUGCAUACUUCUUGUCAAUUCUUGUGGUCUCGUUUCCUAUACUCUCCCGCCUGUGCCAUGCAGCCAACUACCUUAGGUCGCCUGUCGCAUACCUCGUAAUAGCUGUCUUCCUCCAACACAAUGUACUUUGUCACAUCUGUCAUAUCAAUCGUGUAGAAUUAAUCAUCCUUAACUACGAGCCUUCAACAAUUACAUCUGCGAAACCGUAACCGUGUGUCUAUGAGGAGCCGUAGCUCGGGAAUGGUGGAACUACCAGUCAUUGAGGCUUGUGCGGCCUGGUCGCGAUAGGUUGAGCCCUCCGCGCAGCAGCGGCGGGAGGACCGUGCCUCCGACGAUCGUAUCUCGUACGAUGGCCUCGCAAUGAUGUGGCGUUACCCGCCCAUACCAUACCGACACGCCCUGCGGCUUGUAUAUGAUGACGUUCCCGGCGAACUUGUGCCCGCCGAUGUGCGACACCUUGAGGAUGAGCGCGCGGCGCGGGUCGGCCGUCGUCGGGUCGUAGUCGUGCAACCGCUUGGCGUACUCGCCGUCCCGUUCGUCGUCCGUGCCCGCGAGUUCCUCGAGCGGCGCGCUGUAGUCGCUGGGAUCUUCGAGCUGUGUAUGCACUUCCCAGCCUUCGUGCUCGAGGGCGACGGUCAGGCCUUGUUCAAGUUUGGGUGCUGCUAUCGCGCAGCGAUUAUCUCGUUUCUUGUGUGAGCAGAGCAAGAUGACACAGGAAUACGGCAGGACAUACGACUGCACUUCACCGCCCUCGACGUGGGCGCCAGCCCUGCCAAGGGCCGGGUCGACGACGUCCUUGAAGAGCUCCACCGCGCCUUCCCUAGAGCGGGGCACCUCGGUCACGACCUUGUAGUCGGGCAGCACGAGCACCGUGUCGCGCUUUGGGUCAUCCGAGAGCGUACGGUGGCUCCCGUUCAGGACGGUGACUCUGCCCGUCUCGGCACUGUCGUAGACACCAUCGACCUUCCUGCUGCCGGCGCCAGCGUGCUUCGGCGCCUUCGGCGCGGACGAAAUGGCGGCGUCGAGGUACGAGGCGAGCGAGCCGGACUCAGAGGCGACGUCGUGUGCCCAGUCUGACUUGCCCGUGGAGAUGACGACCUGCCGACGGUAGGGCUUCAUAGAGCCGAGCAUCUCCGUCUCCAUAUCCACGUCGAAUCUGGUGGGAUAAUCAUCAUGACCAAGGUCGCACGGAUCUGCACAAGCUCUGCAGCUAUCUCUCGAGACGGGUACGUGAGCCUCCUCGAGAUUCGCCGCAGUGGUGUCAAUAUUGAGGUUGUGCCCUAGGACGAUGGCCUUGAGUCUCCUAAGCUGCGAGGACAUUGCUACGUCUUGGCUGCGGGGUACGCUAUUGCUGCGCCGG